AAGGCGCCGACCUGACCAGCCGUGCUCUUUACUGCCGCCGCCGCCGCCAGCAUGGCCUCGACCCGCCGCCCCGUCGGAGCUCGCACGCUGCUCGCCUGCGCCAGCCUACUCGUCGCCAUGGGCCUCGGUGUCCCCGAGUCCGCGGAGCCCGUGGGGACUCAUGCACGCCCGCAGCCGCCCGGGGCCGAGCUGCCCGCCCCGCCAGCCGACAGCCCGCCGGAACCCACCAUUGCGCAUGCACACAGUGUGGAUCCCCGGGAUGCUUGGAUGCUGUUUGUCAAGCAGAGUGACAAGGGGAUCAACAGUAAGAGGAGGAGCAGGACCAAAGCCAGGAGGCUGAAGCUUGGCCUGCCAGGACCCCCAGGGCCACCAGGUCCUCAGGGCCCCCCAGGCCCCUUUAUCCCAUCUGAGGUUCUGCUGAAGGAGUUCCAGCUGUUGCUGAAAGGCGCAGUACGGCAGCGAGAGAGCCAUCUGGAGCACUGCAUCAGGGAUCUCACUACACCAGCCUCGGGUAGCCCUUCCCGUGUCCCAGCCGCCCAGGAGCCUGAUAGCCAGGACCCAGGGGCAUUGUUAGCUCUGCUGGCUGCGACCUUGGCCCAGGGCCCGCGGGCACCACGUGUGGAGGCAGCGUUCCACUGUCGCUUGCGCCGGGAUGUGCAGGUGGAGCGGCGUGCGUUGCACGAGCUCGGGAUCUACUACCUGCCCGAAGUUGAGGGAGCCUUCCGCCGGGGCCCAGGCUUGAAUCUGACCAGCGGCCAGUACACUGCACCUGUGGCUGGCUUCUACGCGCUUGCUGCCACUCUGCACGUGGCACUCACGGAGCAGCCAAGAAAGGGACCAUCACGACCCCGGGACCGUCUGCGCCUGCUGAUCUGCAUCCAGUCUCUCUGCCAGCACAAUGCCUCCCUGGAGACUGUGAUGGGGCUGGAGAACAGCAGCGAGCUCUUCACCAUCUCAGUAAAUGGUGUCCUCUAUCUACAGGCAGGACACUACACCUCUGUCUUCUUGGACAAUGCCAGUGGCUCCUCCCUCACGGUACGCAGUGGCUCUCACUUCAGUGCUAUCCUCCUGGGCCUGUGAGCAGCUGCUGCAGGCUCUUACCCUUACCAAGCAGAGUGGUGAUAGUGGCCCUGUGCACAAGGAAGCCCACUGGACCUCUGCACACACUGGCCGUCGCAAUACCUCUUACCAUAGCCACUGUAUUCCUGCAGAGGUGAUGGAAGCAGGCUCUCCCAGAACCAGCAGCAAUUUGUGAAUAUCCUAAGCCUUGCUUGGCUCUUCUGGGACCAUCCAGCUUACGUGGAAGCACUUGCUCUAUUCCCAGCUACAGAGCUGGCAUCCUUGUCGCUCUACACAGGCUCAAAUUCCUUCCUGCGGCCCAGCAAACUAGCCAGGCCACUCACUACCUGGGACAACUCAGCCUGCACAGGGUAGGACUAUAGGGAAAUGACUGUAGGUCCUUAGUGCCUAAGAGGGAAGCCCAGACCUUCUUGGACCAUACACUGUCUACCUGGGUUCCUGGGUUCCUAUCCUGCAGUAUUCUCUAUGUCUCUGCCUAGAGUACAGCCUCAGGGACCUAGGAACUUCAGGGGCCAGUAAUCCUGGGCCUGGCAGCAGUUUCUGUGUCUGGGGUUAGCACGAUGACCUGCAGGCCCCUGGUGAGCACCCUAACAUACGGGAGCUGCACUCCUUUGCCAUCCUUAUCCUCUACAAAGGCUACCAGCCAACUUCCCAACCCUCGGAGGCUCGGGCUCACUGCUAGGGCCCACACACUAAACCAAAGUUUGAGCACAGUCAUCCACACGAGGCACCUGCUCAAGUUUCCCUCCUGAGACUCCACUGUAAAGGGGGUGGGUGGUCAGGCUGAAUGGGCAGCUUGGGAGGGAGAAGCUGGCUGAGGGCUCUUCCCAUGAGAAGGGCUGCCACCCUGCAGCCUGUUUCAGUGGUUUUCCCAUUUUUAACAAAAUGUAGAACCAGAUCCUAAUAGGCAGUGGAGAGGGCUGGACCCUCCAAGUCCUGAUGGCCUGCUGAUGAAAGAGCUGACAGCCAGCAGUCCACACCCACCAGCUGCUUUGGGAUCUCUUGGCCUAGCAGGAGUGCUCAAGCCUGGGAUGAUGGGUUAGCUCCAGUUGCUUCAUCUUUCAGCUGACACCAGGAUGAAGCUACUACAUCAGAACGCCCUUCUAUAAUCGGACCUGUCCCCAAAUCAGGCUGCCAACACAGAGCAACAGGUUCCUGGGGGAGCUGUCCGUGAGCAGGCCUGGCCUGAUUCUCAGUAUGGCUGGUACCCACCCUACCAGGAAGCACUGUGCUGGCCUGGGUCCUGACUCCCUGGCACUCUGAUAAGGACAUGAGGUGGACACACCCCACCCUUUUCUGGAUUUCAUUUUGUAUCCAGUGGGCACAGACAUGUCAGUGACGUUAUCUUCUACCCUUGAGAAAGCCACAUAAGCACAUAUCUUACCUUCCAACAACUGUGUUACACAGCAACUUAAAAGUAUUUAUUGUGUCAUAUUGCUAGGCAGAAUAUAUUUAUGUAAUGGAUCACACAAAGCCUUAACAAUGAAGGGCAGACCCAAGAAGCAUGACCUCUUUCCAGCUCAUCUCACCAAAGACCAUGAGGGGUAAGCUCUGGAAAGUAAGGGAGAAAUGCCUUUAGUCUUGAGACUCCUACUGAAGUAGCAGGAGAGGCUCUUACCAGGAAGGCCACAGUGCCAAGAGUUACCCAGACAGAAGCACUUGGGGACAUGGGUCACAGCCUAUGGGGCACUGAAUGAUUCCUGGGCUGCUAUGAAAUUGCUAAAUUAAACUGUUUGGCUUUCUGAUGA